GCAGUCAACUGUCGAUUGUUUAUUCUCAAUAACUUUCCAAAGUUGACAUAACAUAAUUCAAAUUAAUGCGUUAACCUUUAAACAGCCUUUGUAGCCAAAAACCAUUCGAGCAAAACUUCAAAAUGGUUUUCAGAAUAGUAAGUCACGUUGCGAGUCUCUUGACUUGGUUGUAUCUUGUUCAGUUAUUGCAUUGCUGUUGCCAUGACAAAGACGACAGUUGGAACUGCGCGCGGAGUUUGACCCCUGAAGAGCUUCCACGGGAGGGGGAUUUGGAGGGGGAGUGGUACGAGAUGGGAAGAACUUAUUUUCCAUACGAAUAUAAACAGAGCUGCAAUGUCUUCAACUUCAGUUAUAUCGCAACUGAUGAUCAAGGUCAAAAAAUGCACUUCCUCAAGAUGACUGCGAGGGAGGAGAAUGGACAAGAGAAGAUCACCUACCUCACCAUCUUGCAACCCAAUCCCCCCUCGGGUCUGUUGGAUUUCGACUUCCACCACCGGUCUCCAACAACCUUCUCCAAAUUCCAAGCAUACGUCAUCCACUUCCAGAGAGGAGAGUAUAUGGUGUUGUACGCGUGCCAGAAUGAAGUAAAGGCAUACCUGCAGGCGUACGUCCAUAAAGUGAAACAUGCUUGGAUUCUGUCACGUACCCCCAACAUGAACGAAGACACUUUGGCCCGAUUACAGAAAGAGCUGCUGUCAGUUGGAGGCAUCAGAAACAACCAACUAUCAAGAGUGGAACAAAAGAAGUGCUAGAAAGUGCUGGGACAAACGAUUUAGAGUGAAAAAAAUUAUUCAAAGUCUAACUGAAACAAAUUGACUGAGAAAAUUAAGUAUGAAUCAAUUUUUGCUCAGAAUGUAAACGAGUAUAAUUUUAUGAUGCCUGAUUCAAUUUUUCACCUCAACUAAAUUAUUUUUAAUGUUGCUCCAACAUAUAAAAAAUUGUUAAAAUAUCUUCAUGAUGAUGGGUUGCUGGCUGUGCCUUUUGAUAAAAAGGUUGAUUUGUGCGUAACGAAGAAGCGAAUUA